AUCCGUCUCUCCACACAGACAGUGUUCAGCCGGCAUUUUCUUUUUGUUUUCCAGGUUCUGACUUUAGUCCUUAGACAUAACAGCUGUUUUGUUGACCGGCUUAAGAGACUUAGACACACGUCAGUUUUUUUUUUGCCACAUUCCUCGGCUCCACGAUGCCUGGGUUUCCAGAGAGAGAUCGUAGCAGAGAUAGGGGGUAUGGUGGAGGACCCCCUCGUUUUGGUGGUGGUGGUGGAGGCAACAGGGGCGGACCUCCUCCAGGAAAAUUUGGUAACCCUGGUGAGAGGCUGCGCAAAAAACACUGGAACCUCGAUGAACUUCCAAAGUUUCAGAAGAACUUCUACCAGGAACACCCUGACACUGCUCGAAGACCACUUCAAGAGGUUGAACAGUACCGUCGAAACAAAGAGGUUACUGUUAAAGGCAGAGAAUGUCCCAAACCGAUUCUAAAAUUCCAUGAGGCUGCUUUUCCAAGCUAUGUCAUGGACAUUAUCAGUAAACAAAACUGGACUGACCCCACUCCCAUUCAGUCUCAGGGCUGGCCUGUCGCUCUGAGUGGCAAAGACAUGGUUGGCAUCGCUCAAACAGGGUCUGGGAAAACCCUUGCAUACCUGUUGCCUGCAAUUGUGCACAUCCAACAUCAACCAUUCUUGGAGCAUGGAGAUGGACCAAUAUGCUUGGUGCUGGCACCAACCCGUGAGCUUGCUCAGCAGGUGCAACAAGUGGCUGCUGAAUACGGCAGGGUCUCCCGUCUCAAGAGCACCUGCAUCUAUGGCGGUGCGCCUAAAGGACCUCAAAUCAGAGACCUUGAGAGAGGUGUUGAGAUUUGCAUCGCAACCCCAGGUCGCCUUAUUGACUUCUUGGAGUGUGGUAAGACUAAUUUGCGACGUUGCACUUAUCUGGUGCUGGAUGAAGCUGACCGCAUGCUUGACAUGGGAUUUGAACCUCAGAUCCGCAAGAUAGUGGAACAAAUUCGGCCAGACCGUCAGACCCUGAUGUGGAGUGCCACCUGGCCAAAGGAAGUUCGCCAGCUGGCUGAGGACUUCCUGAAGGACUACGUCCAGAUCAACAUUGGUGCACUACAACUCAGUGCCAACCACAACAUCCUGCAGAUUGUUGAUGUUUGCAAUGACAUGGAGAAGGAGGACAAACUCAUCCGUUUGCUGGAGGAGAUUAUGAGCGAAAAGGAGAACAAGACCAUUAUUUUUGUGGAAACCAAAAGGCGUUGUGAUGAGCUCACCAGAAGGAUGAGGAGAGAUGGGUGGCCAGCAAUGGGAAUUCAUGGAGACAAGAGCCAGCAGGAAAGGGACUGGGUCCUUAAUGAGUUCAGGUAUGGCAAAGCUCCAAUCCUCAUUGCAACAGAUGUCGCUUCCCGUGGCUUAGAUGUGGAGGAUGUGAAAUUUGUCAUCAAUUAUGACUACCCUAACUCCUCCGAGGAUUAUAUCCACCGCAUUGGACGCACAGCCCGCAGUCAAAAAACGGGCACAGCUUACACCUUCUUCACCCCCAACAACAUGAAACAAGCCAGUGACCUUAUCUCUGUGCUCCGUGAGGCCAACCAGGCCAUAAACCCCAAGCUGAUCCAGAUGGCAGAGGACAGAGGAGGUCGUGGAAGGGGGGGGAGAGGUGGCUACAAGGAUGACCGUCGGGAUAGGUAUUCUGGGGGUGGGAGGAGCAACUAUGGGGGAAGUAGCUACAGGGACAGAGACGGUGAUAGAGGGUUUGGUAAUGGGCCCAAAAGUGCCUUUGGUGGCAAUAAGGCCCAAAACGGUGGCAGUUAUGGGGGUAACGGUGGUAACUCUGGCGGUAGCUAUGGCAACAACAAUUACAACAACAGCAACGGACAGGGUAAUUUUGGUGCUCCGACAAACCAGGUGGGUGCCUUUGGUAACCAGAGCUUUCAAGGCCCCCCUCAGUUCGGGGCCAUGCAGAGGGCUGCACAGAAUGGUAUGAACCACCCCCCAUUUCCAUUUAACUCACAACCACAACUGCAGGCCCAACAGCCGCCACCCCCUCCACCAAUGGUGCCCUACCCCAUGCCACCACCCUUCCCUCAGUAGAUAUGAUGUGUACACUAUAUAUGGAACCAACAUGAUUUUUGUUUAGUCCUGAACUCUUCCAGUAUGAUUAUUAUUACUAUAAUUAUUAUUAUUAUCCUUUGUACUGUUUCACUUUGUUUUGCUUACAGCCGGGUUGGAAUUAUUCAGUACACCCAGAGCAUUAAAUGGAGUCGUAGACACAUCUCUUUUGGUGCAACUUUGAUUGCUGAGCUGUUCCUUGACUUAUUUUUGUUACAUUCCUCAGUAAUUUAUUUUUACUAGGUAAUGCAGUGCUUUCAGUUUGUUGUAUGUCAAACGUGAUGUUAUAAAGAUCAUAUUAAAAAGGGUGUGUGUUGGCCCUUUUAAAUAAAAAUAAUAAAACAGGA